AUGACAGUCAGCUCUGAUACUGUCGCAGAAAUUUCAUUAGGUUGGUCAAUCCAAGACUGGAUUGACUUCCACAAAUCAUCAAGCGCUGAAGCUUCGCUAAGGCUUCUUGAGUCAUUAUUAGACUCUCAAAAUGUCGCACCCAUCGAUAAUGCAUGGAUAUCGUUGGCCUCAAGGGAAAACUUACUACACCAAUUCCAAAUUUUAGAAAGCAGAAAAAAUAAGGAAACUUUACCUCUUUAUGGUGUUCCCAUCGCCGUUAAAGACAACAUUGACGUCAGAGGUCUGCCAACGACUGCUGCUUGUCCCUCUUUUGCAUACGAGCCAUCUAAAGACUCCAAGGUAGUCGAAUUACUGAGACAUGCUGGUGCGAUAAUUUUGGGUAAAACUAAUCUAGACCAAUUUGCUACAGGCUUGGUCGGCACACGGUCUCCGUAUGGUAAGACGCCUUGCGCCUUUAGUAGCGAACAUGUAUCCGGUGGUUCUUCCGCUGGGUCAGCAUCCGUCGUCGCUAGAGGUAUCGUACCAAUUGCAUUAGGCACCGAUACUGCUGGUUCUGGCAGAGUCCCAGCCGCUUUGAACAACUUGAUCGGCCUAAAACCGACAAAGGGCGUUUUUUCCUGCCAAGGUGUAGUUCCUGCCUGUAAAUCUUUGGACUGCGUUUCCAUCUUCGCAUUGAACCUAUGUGAUGCUGAACGUUGCUUCGGCAUCAUGUGUCAACCAGACCCUGAAAAUGAUGAAUAUUCUAGACCAUUUGUUCCCAAUCCGUUAAGAAAAUUUCCAAAUAAUGUGACCAUUGCUAUUCCAAAGAACAUCCCAUGGUAUGGGGAAACCAAAAACCCUGUGCUGUUUUCUAAUGCCGUCGAAAACCUAUCCAAAACGGGCGCAAACGUCAUAGAAAUCGACUUCGAACCUCUACUGGAGCUGGCUCGCUGUUUAUAUGAGGGAACUUGGGUCGCCGAGCGGUACCAGGCCAUAAAAUCAUUUUUAGAGGAUGAACCACCAAGGGAAUCAUUAGAUCCUACCGUCAUUUCAAUUAUAGAGGGCGCUAAGAAAUACAGUGCGGUAGAUUGUUUCAGUUUUGAAUAUAAGAGACAAGGCAUCUUGCAAAAAGUUUCACAACUUCUCGAAUCUGUCGAUGUCCUGUGUGUCCCCACAUGUCCUUUAAAUCCUACCAUGCAACAAGUUGCGGAUGAACCAGUUCUAGUCAACUCAAGGCAGGGCACAUGGACUAAUUUUGUCAACUUGGCAGACUUAGCUGCUCUCGCUGUUCCUGCAGGGUUCAGAGAUGACGGCUUGCCGAAUGGUAUUACUUUAAUUGGUAAGAAAUUCACAGAUUACGCGCUAUUAGAAUUGGCUAACCGCUACUUCCAAAGGAAAUUCCCAAAUGCAUCAAGGACUUACGGCGUUUUCACCGACCCAACAAUAAAGCCAGUAAAUGACAAAUUGACCGGUCCAGGCCACGACCCAUCCACUUCUAUUGAACUGGCUGUCGUAGGUGCGCACCUCAAAAAUCUCCCUUUACAUUGGCAACUGGAAAAGGUCAAUGCAACCUAUUUAUGCACAACAAAAACGUCAAAGGCAUAUCAGCUUUAUGCGCUACCCAAAAAUGGUCCCGUUUUGAAACCAGGUUUGAGAAGGGUUCAGGACAGAGUUGGAUCUCAAAUUGAGCUGGAAGUGUACAGCGUUCCAAAAGAUCAAUUUGGCGCCUUUAUUUCGAUGGUCCCUGAGCCAUUAGGAAUAGGCUCAGUGGAAUUAGAAACGGGUAAAUGGAUCAAAUCAUUUAUUUGCGAAGAAUCAGGUUACAAAGCUGAAGGUACAGUUGACAUCACAAAGUAUGGCGGAUUUAGAGCGUAUUUCGAAAUGUUGAAGAAAAAAGAGUCCGGAAAGAAGAAGCUUUUUGAAACUGUAUUAAUUGCCAAUAGGGGUGAAAUCGCCGUUCGUAUUAUCAAGACAUUGAAGAAAUUGGGUAUUAAAUCUGUUGCCGUUUAUUCUGACCCCGACAGGUACUCUCAGCAUGUUACUGAUGCUGAUAUUUCGGUACCCUUACAUGGCACAACUGCAGCACAAACUUAUCUGGAUAUGGAAAAGAUCAUCAAUGCUGCUAAGCAAACUAAUGCUCAGGCCAUUAUUCCUGGCUACGGUUUCUUGUCGGAAAAUGCAGAAUUUUCUGAUGCCUGUACCAGUGCCGGCAUAACCUUUGUAGGUCCCUCUGGAGAUAUCAUCAGAGGUUUAGGGCUAAAGCAUUCUGCCAGACAGAUUGCACAAAAGGCUGGUGUUCCUUUAGUACCAGGUUCUUUACUGAUCACCUCCGUUGAAGAAGCUAAGAAAAUUGCAGCUGAGUUAGAGUACCCAGUCAUGGUUAAGUCAACUGCUGGUGGUGGUGGUAUUGGUUUGCAAAAAGUCGAUUCCGAGGUAGAUAUUGAACAUAUUUUCGAAACUGUUAAGCAUCAAGGUAAAACAUUUUUUGGUGACGCUGGUGUAUUCCUGGAAAGAUUCAUCGAAAACGCUAGACAUGUUGAGGUUCAGCUAAUGGGCGAUGGUUUUGGGAAGGCAAUUGCUUUGGGUGAACGUGAUUGUUCUUUACAGCGUCGUAAUCAAAAGGUUAUUGAAGAAACUCCCGCCCCAAAUCUACCAGAAAAGACAAGAUUGGCGUUAAGAAAGGCAGCUGAAAGCUUGGGAUCUUUGUUGAACUAUAAGUGCGCUGGUACUGUUGAAUUCAUCUACGAUGAAAGGAAGGAUGAAUUUUACUUUCUAGAAGUUAAUACAAGAUUACAAGUUGAACACCCAAUUACAGAAAUGGUCACAGGUUUAGACUUAGUCGAAUGGAUGAUUAGAAUUGCUGCUAAUGAUGCUCCUGACUUUGAUUCCGCCAAGGUAGAAGUAAAUGGCGUUUCAAUGGAAGCUCGUUUAUAUGCUGAAAAUCCAUUAAAAAACUUCAGGCCCUCUCCAGGUCUGCUUGUUGAUGUCGAAUUUCCUACUUGGGCAAGAGUGGAUACUUGGGUCAAAAAAGGUACCAAUAUUUCUCCGGAAUAUGAUCCAACAUUAGCCAAAAUCAUUGUUCAUGGAAAAGAUCGUCGCGAUGCGAUUUUCAAAUUGAACAAGGCGCUGGAAGAAACGAAAGUGCAUGGUUGCAUAACUAACAUUGAUUACUUAAAAUCUAUUAUCACCUCUGAUUUUUUUGCCGAGGCAAAGGUUUCCACUAAUAUUUUAAAUUCUUAUCAAUAUGAACCUACUGCUAUCGAGAUUACGUUACCUGGUGCACACACUAGUAUUCAAGAUUACCCAGGCAGAGUAGGGUACUGGAGGAUUGGUGUUCCGCCCUCUGGUCCAAUGGAUGCCUAUUCAUUUAGAUUAGCGAACAGAAUUGUGGGUAAUGAUUACAGAACACCAGCUAUCGAAGUAACUUUGACUGGUCCAUCUAUUGUAUUUCAUUGUGAAACUGUCAUCGCCAUCACGGGUGGUACUGCUGUCUGUACAUUAGAUGGUCAAGAAAUUCCUCAACACAAGGCAAUUGAUGUGAAGAGAGGUUCUACUUUAUCCAUUGGCAAGUUGACAAGUGGUUGUAGAGCGUACUUAGGUAUCAGAGGUGGUAUUGAUGUGCCUAAAUACCUGGGCUCCUAUUCCACUUUCACCUUGGGAAAUGUCGGAGGUUAUAACGGAAGGGUACUAAAACUAGGAGACGUACUGUUUUUGCCAAGUAUUAACGAGAAAAACUCAAUUAGUAUCGCCCCACAAAGCAUUCCUCAAUCAUUAAUUCCUCAAAUUUCUGAAAAUAAGGAAUGGAAAAUUGGUGUAACGUGUGGUCCUCAUGGUUCUCCAGAUUUCUUCAAACCAGAUUCCAUCAAAGAAUUUUUCAGCGAAAAAUGGAAGGUUCAUUACAAUUCUAAUAGGUUUGGUGUCCGUUUGAUCGGUCCUAAACCUAAAUGGGCAAGAAGUAACGGUGGCGAAGGUGGUAUGCAUCCCUCAAACACUCACGAUUAUGUCUAUUCAUUGGGUGCAAUUAACUUUACGGGUGAUGAACCGGUUAUCAUUACUUGCGAUGGUCCUUCCUUAGGUGGUUUUGUGUGUCAAGCAGUUGUUCCAGAAGCGGAAUUAUGCAAGGUUGGACAGGUUAAACCCGGUGACUCCAUUCAAUUUGUACCACUGUCUUACGAAACUUCCAGAUUGUUAAAGGAAUCUCAAGAUGUUGCAAUUGAGUCAUUAGACGGUUCCAAGUUAAGGCGUUUGGAUUCUGUGUCAAUAUUACCCACAUUCGAAAAUCCUAUUCUUGUGCAAAUAGAGAAAAGAAGUGAACUUUCACCAAAGGUUGUAUACAGACAAGCGGGUGAUCGUUAUGUUUUGGUAGAAUAUGGUGACAAUGAAAUGAACUUUAACAUUGCUUAUAGAAUAGAGUGCUUGAUUGCCCUUAUCAAGAGGAAUGAAACUAUUGGUAUCGUUGAAAUGUCCCAGGGUGUUAGAUCGGUUUUGAUAGAAUUCGAUGGCUACAAGGUUACCCAAAAGGAUCUACUCAAUAUAUUAUUAGCAUAUGAGACCGAAAUUCAAUUUGACAAAAACUGGAAGAUCACCUCAAAUAUAAUCAGACUACCAAUGGCAUUUGAAGACUCCAAGACUUUAGCAUGUGUUCAAAGGUAUCAAGAAACAAUCCGCUCGACUGCUCCAUGGUUACCAAAUAAUGUUGAUUUCAUUGCCAACGUGAACGGUAUUUCAAGAAAAGAGGUUUAUGACAUGUUGUAUUCAGCUAGGUUUAUGGUUUUAGGUUUGGGCGAUGUCUUCCUGGGAUCACCUUGUGCCGUUCCAUUGGAUCCUCGUCACAGAUUCUUGGGAAGUAAAUACAACCCGAGUAGAACAUACACAGAAAGAGGUGCAGUUGGUAUUGGUGGUAUGUAUAUGUGUAUAUAUGCUGCCAAUAGUCCCGGUGGGUACCAAUUGGUUGGUAGAACGAUUCCAAUCUGGGAUAAACUAUGUUUAGCUGCUUCGUCUGAGGUUCCAUGGUUGAUGAAUCCAUUUGAUCAAGUUGAAUUUUACCCAGUUUCCGAAGAAGACUUGAAUUGCAUGACCGAAGAUUGUGAUAAUGGUGUAUACAAAGUCAACAUCGAAAAGAGUGUCUUUGAUCAUGAGGAAUACAUGAAAUGGAUCGAUGAAAACAAAGAUUCUAUCACAGCUUUCCAAGAAGGCCAACUUGGCGAAAGAGCUGAAGAGUUUGCCAAAUUGAUUCAAAAUGCUAACUCCGAACUGAAAGAGACCAGCACUGAGAAACCUGAUGAAGAAGAAGAUUUCCCUGAAGGCUCAGAGAUUGUAUAUUCUGAGUAUUCUGGGCGUUUUUGGAAGUCUAUAGCCUCUGUUGGAGACGUUAUCGAAGCGGGUCAAGGAUUACUUAUUAUUGAGGCUAUGAAGGCGGAAAUGAUUAUUUUUGCUCCAAAAUCGGGCAAAAUUAUAAAGAUUUGCCACGGAAAUGGUGAUAUGGUCGAUUCCGGUGACAUAGUGGCGGUCAUAGAGACCAUCGCAUAG